AUGAAGAUUGUUCUUUGUGUGCUGUUUGGUCUCAGCCUCGUCUCCGCAGAAAAUGGCAUCAAUGCCUGGCUGCGUUAUGCGCCCCUCCCUGGGACAGGCCCUCCUCCUUCUUUGCCAACUCACAUCAUUGCUAUAAACUCUACCGCUGAUGGCCCGAUUCAUGUGGCCGGUUCUGAGCUCCAAAGAGGUAUUCAAGGGAUUUUUGGCAAGAACGUCGACGUUUUGAAUCAGAGCUCAAAGGUUGCAUCGUCCAUUGUGGUUGCCACUGUCGAUGACUAUGUCAAAACGUAUGGGAACUCGGCCAAGUUUCCACAGCUCCAGAACGAUGGAUUCUGGUUGAACACAACAGGUCCGGCUGUACAGAUCCUGGGACAGAAUGAACGUGGGGCUCUCUAUGGCGCCUUCGAAUACCUCUCCAUGCUUGCUCAAGGUAACUUCUCGAAAGUUGCCUAUGCCACAAACCCAAGCGCGCCGAUCCGAUGGGUCAACCAAUGGGACAAUCUCGACGGCUCUAUCGAGCGAGGGUAUGGUGGCCCUUCGAUAUUCUUCGCAAAUGGUCUGGUCGUCAACAACCUGACUCGGGUUUCGGAAUACGCGCGUUUACUGGCCUCCAUCCGCGUCAACGGCAUCAUUGUGAACAAUGUUAAUGCAAAUGCCUCGCUCCUCAGCCCGGCGAAUGUCGAAGGCUUAGGCCGGCUAGCUGAUGCCUUCCGACCAUAUGGAGUUCAGGUAGGCAUAUCGUUGAACUUUGCCUCCCCGACUGCCUCGCUUGUCUAUGGCAACCUCAGCACCUUCGAUCCGCUUGACCCCAGUGUGAUUGCGUGGUGGACAAAUGUUACCGACACAAUCUACCGCGGUAUUCCGGACAUGGCUGGGUAUCUUGUCAAAGCAAAUUCCGAAGGCCAACCAGGGCCGCUCACAUACAAUCGGACUCUCGCAGACGGCGCCAACCUGUUCGCUCGUGCUCUGCAACCUCACCAAGGCGUACUCAUGUUCCGAGCCUUUGUCUACGACAACCACAUCAAUGAAUCAAAUUGGAAAAACGAUCGUGCCAACGCUGCAGUGGACUUCUUCCGCGGGCUAGAUGGAAAAUUCGAGAGUAAUGUUGUUGUCCAGAUAAAGUACGGUCCCAUCGACUUCCAGGUGCGCGAGCCGGCAUCUCCGCUCUUUACGUACUUGACGAACACCAGCACGGCCAUUGAGCUCCAAGUGACGCAGGAGUACCUUGGACAGCAGUGUCAUCUGGUGUACAUUCCUCCUCUGUGGAAAACGAUCUUGGAUUUCGAUAUGCGGGCUAAUCACACAUCUUCUCGUGUCCGGGACAUCAUCUCUGGUCAACGCUUCAACCGCCCUCUUGGUGGCUAUGCAGCUGUCGUCAACGUGGGAACCAACACCACGUGGUUGGGCAGUCAUCUGUCGAUGUCAAACCUGUACGGCUACGGCCGACUGGCGUGGAAUCCUGCGGAUGACGCACAAAGCAUCCUGCAAGACUGGAUUCGCCUGACCUUUGGCCCAGAUCCGGCAGUCAUAAAGACCAUCACCGAUAUGUCCAUGGCGUCGUGGCCAGCAUAUGAGAACUACACCGGGAACUUGGGCAUCCAGACGCUCACGGAUAUUCUGUAUACGCAUUUUGGACCGAAUCCGGCGUCGCAAGACGGUAAUGGUUGGGGCCAGUGGACGCGGGCGGACCACAAAACGAUCGGCAUGGACCGGACUGUCAGCAAUGGCACGGGGUUCGCGGGGCAGUAUCCGGCCGAAGUGGCUGCCAUGUAUGAGAACAUUAGCACCACUCCCGACGAUCUUUUGUUGUGGUUCCACCAUGUCAACUACACCCAACGUCUACACUCGGGCAAGACCGUGAUCCAGCAUUUUUACGAUGCCCACUAUGCAGGCGCGGACACAGCACAGACAUUUCCAACACAAUGGGAGAGCCUCAAGGGCAAGGUUGACGAGCAGAGGUACAACGAGACCCUUUUCCGCCUGGUCUAUCAGGCGGGUCACUCAAUAGUCUGGCGCGACGCCAUCAACGACUUCUACCAUAACCUCUCUGGCAUCGAAGACUCAGCCGGCCGUGUUGGUCAUCAUCCCUGGCGAGUUGAGGCGGAAAGUAUGACUCUCGAAGGCUACAAAGUGUACAAUGUGGACCCCUUCGAGACCGCCUCCAACACCAAAGCAAUUGUCACAUCGAAGAACUCCACAACAGGCACAGCAAUGACGACCCUGACCUUCCCCAACGGAACGUACGAUGUGGCUGUACAGUAUUUUGACAUGAUAGGAGGCAAAUCUCAGUGGACGUUGUCUUUGAACAACCACACUGUGGGCAGCUGGGUCGGCAACAAUGAAGACCUCCUGGGCCAUGCACCCUCGACCUAUCUCGAUGGCCACUCGGCCACGAGGAUCACAUUCCACAACGUCACCGUACACAAGGGAGAUGAGUUGAAAAUUACCGGUAUCCCCGAUGGCAUUGAACCCGCGCCUGUGGACUAUGUCGUCGUGUUGCCGAAGGGCAUUGUUGACUGA